AUGGGUAUCUGGGACGCCUUCACCGAUAUUGUCGAGGCUGUGACGCCAUGGAGCGUUGUUGAGGCUGAGGCCCCUGCUGAGGAACCCCAGGAGGAGACCGAGUCCAAGGACGAGUCCAAGGACGAGCCCGAGGAAGAGGCUGAGGACGAGGAAGAGGAGGAUGAGGACGAGGAUGACGAGGAAGAGCUCGUCGACCCCAAGGAGACACUCGAGGAAGAGUGCAAGAACUCUCCCCAAUGUGCCCCCGCCAAACACCACUUCGACGAGUGCGUCGAGCGCGUUCAACAGCAAGAGAGUGAGGGUGGCGCUAAGGAGGACUGCGUCGAAGAAUGUAUGUCUACCAGCCCAGACUGCGUCAUGGGGCCCGAGGACCCCGAACAUCCCACCUACCAUACCAGAUGCUAA